UACCGGUGGGAUUGAUCUGCAGUCGCCAGCAAGAUGUCUGGUGAUGUUGCUGGGGAAAGCGCCGCCCGGUAUGACAACUACCGGUUGUAUCGCGUAGACCUUGCCACGGAGGAGCAUGUGCAGUUGUUCCAGCAGCUGGAAGCCAAGAGUGAUAGCUGCACGUUUUAUGGCCAUGCCCGGCAACCCGGUCAGCAGCUAACGAUCAUGGUAUCGGCCAGCAAGGUGGCCGAUUUCGAGGAUCUCCUCACACUGCAUUCGGUCGGUGGUCGUGUGUUGGAGCGCAAUGUGCAGCAGCUGAUUGAUCGUGAAGCGACCACUGUCAAACCGGUCACCGCAGAUCCGGCCGAGCUGGACUGGGAACAUUACUAUCAGCUGGAAACGAUUUACGCCUGGAUGGAUUCACUUGCCACACGGUAUCCCGAGUUUGUGAGCACACUCGAGAUGGGAAGCAGCUACGAGGGACGCCCGAUUAAGGGAGUUAAACUUUCGCGCCGGCCGGACAAUAAAGCGAUCGUCGUCGAGGGUGGCAUACAUGCGCGGGAAUGGAUUUCGCCCGCAACGGCCACGUUUCUGCUGAACGAACUAAUCACGUCCACGGAUGCUACCGUCCGGGAGCUUGGUACCGCGUACGAUUGGUAUUUCUUCCCGAUCGUCAAUCCGGACGGGUACCGGUUUACCUUCACCGGCGAUCGGUUGUGGCGCAAAAAUCGUAAACCUUACGGGCUUUGCCGGGGCGUCGAUUUGAAUCGCAACUUCGCUAGCAACUGGGGCGGCAUUGGUUCGAGCGACGAUCCGUGUAGUUACGACUUUGCCGGCAGUGGUCCGUUCUCCGAACCGGAAUCGGCCGCCAUUGCUAACUUUAUACGCGAAAACGUUGGCACGGCCCGUAUCCGGACGUACAUUGCGCUGCACUCGUACUCCCAGCUGCUAAUGUUCCCGUACGGUCACACGCCGGAAAAGGUAGCGAACUAUGACGAUCUGCAAACAAUUACGACCAAAGCGAUCGAAGCACUCACGGCGGUUAAUGGUACGGCGUUUCGGGGCGGCAGCAAGUACGAAACCAUCUACCCGUCCAGCGGUGGUUCGAUCGAUUGGGCGUACCAGCCCGGCGGCGUACCGGUGUCGCUUACGUUCGAGCUGCGCGGACCGCCAGACUCGACCGAUAUGUUUAUCCUGCCAGCGGAACAGAUACUGCCGGUCGGGCGCGAAACGCUGGCGGCAUUCGUGGCGAUCGUGCGUGAAGCGGCACGGCUCGGUUACUACGAUCGCUAG